AUGAUGUCCCCAGGAAUCUCUCUACAGCAGACAGCUGAGAAAGCAGCGCUUGAGCAAGCAUACUAUCGGAAAUUUGUGGACGGCUCUCAUAUUCUGCACUACCACAACGUCCUCGAUGCAUACGGCCAUCUCUCCUUCAGACACCCCUACAAGCCCGACGUGUUCGUCAUGUCACGGAACCUUGCACCUGCGUCUAUCUCCUCGGUGGUUGACCUCGUUAGCUACAGAAUUGAGGACGCCGAACCGCUCGACCAGGGAGCCGCCAAGGGGUACGCUGAGCGUUUGAUUCAUUCUGAGAUAUAUAAGCGACACGCUCAUGUCGGAGCUGUCGUUCAUAGCCACUCGGAGGCCGUGGUACCCUUUACCAUAUCCCAAGUGCCUUUGAAAGCCUGUUACCAUAUGGCACCAUGGCUUGGGACCGACAGGCUCAGCGGCAAUGGCCCGGAUAGCACGGCGCCACCUGUCUUUGAUGUGAUUGAGCAUCUGCGUCCUAGCGAUGUGCCAGACAUGCUCAUCAAAUUAUCUCAUUUGGGCUUGGCGUUGGCUCAAUGCUUUGAUGGUGGUAAUGCAGUCACCUUGAUGCGCGGUCAUGGCAUGACAAUUGUAGCCCCUAGCAUUGAGAGCGCAGUGCUACGGGCUGUCUAUACUCAGAAGAACGCCGCCAUCCAAACUACAGCGCUGUUGAUGCAAGCCGCCUAUUUCGGGAGUGGCACGAGAACGCACACUGCAAGUAACAUUGACUCUGCUGAGGUCAAUGCCACCACUACUGGUGAGGGGAUCCAUCUUCAUUAUCUCAGCCCUCAAGAGUCUGCUGCGGCUACGGAAGCGACGAUUUGGUCCGUUCAACGGCCUUGGGAUCUAUGGCGUAAAGAGGUGGAGGCGUGCGAGUUAUACUCGAACUCCAUAUAG